AUGACUUCUAUAGACCCUACAGAAUAUAUAGAGGCUGUAGAAGGAGCACAGAAUCUAAGAUUCAUAAAUGAAAAACAGCAGGCAAAAUUUGAAUUGGGAGUAUGCAUGGCCGUUUAUCGCUGGGACGAACUCAAUACUGCGGUCGAUAAUUCAUGGGGAGGUCCAAAGUCGGCUGAUAAAAGAGAUUGGAUUUCAGGUAUUGUAAUAGAUUUGCUUGAUGAGAAGAUCAUAGACAUUCAGUUGAUUGAGGAAACUUUGCUAUAUGCUAUGCUUGAUGAAUUUGAUACUGAGGUUGAUAACGAAUCUGCUUUAGAAAUAGCUGCAUUGAUAAUGAAGAUAUAUAAAGAAGUUUUAUUGGGACAAUAUGCUACAGUAGAUGACUUGUACAAUAAAUGGCUAUCUAAGGGGACCCAUCAGACGAGCAAUGGAAAAGUUACUGUACAAGAAGAUCCUGCAAAUCCUGAUAUCCUGUCCAGCGAAGAUGAUGACGAUGAGGAUGGGAAUGAGUUGAAUACGGACAAUAAUGUCAAUAAUGCCGAUAAUAUGGAAGUAGAUAGCGCACAGGGUCCCUUAGUGGAUGAUGAAGGCUUCGAAUUGGUUACUAAGAGAGGACGCAAGAGACAUAACUAA